UUGUGACCAAUUAUUGAUCAUAACAAUAGGUCGUAGCCUAGAAGUUUUUUUUUGAUUUGCAGUUUAGGCUUAAAUAUUCAACACCGAAAUCAAUAAGAAUGAAUACUUGCAGAACCUGCCUUAAAACUCCAGCCGACAAAGAUAUUUCUAAGCUAAAAAAGAGUAUAAAAGACGACAACAGAAAAUGCAUUGAUAUCAUAAAGUUUUGUCUAGAUAUAAAGGUUACAGAAGACUCCAAAAUAACAACGAAACUAUGCAACAGCUGCUAUAGAAAAAUCAUAUCGUUUUACAAGUUUAAGGCUCUAUCUUUGAAAAAUGAUGCAUAUUUGAGGUCUCUGGAGCCAGCUGUUCAGUUGAUAGACCAAAAACUAUCUGUAUAUGUUGACGGAAAUGGAAUUAAACAUGAAAAUCCCUUAGAAAUUGAUGAAUAUGGUCCAAGUAUAGUUGAAGAAUACAAUACCGAAAUCAAAAUAGAAAUAGACUUUAAACAUGAACAUACAUUAGAUGAAGAAGAUACUGGAUAUGUAGACACAUCAGGACAUGAAGAAAUAUAUGUUAAGGAUGAACAUAAUGAGAAAAACAGAGAUAAAAAGUCACUCAGUGAAAGUUGGAAAGAGAGGAAGACUAAACAAAAAGUAUCAUCAUAUAAAAAACGUGGCCAUCCCAAGAUACUAAGCCCAGUAAAAGCAGAAAGAACUAAGCCAAACAAACGAAUAUGCGAGGAAUGUGGGAAGACAGUUCUUAAUCUCAGGCAGCAUUCGCUGCAGCACCGACCGAAGGAAGAACGGAAGAUGCUUCAGUGCCAGGCCUGUCCGAAGAUCUUCUCGUCUAGAAGUGGUAGAAACAAGCAUUAUGCGGUCGCACAUUUAGGACAUAAAAUGAAAUGUGAUAUUUGUCAUAAAGAGGUAUCAAGUGUGAAAACGCACAAGAUGCAAGUCCACAACCGGCACGAGUUACCUUUCGGCUGUGUGUUUUGUUCGAAACGCUUCAUCUCUCGGUCCGGGCUCGAAGCGCAUGUGGCGGGGCACACUAAACAUUUUUCCUACGAGUGUGACGAGUGCCACAAGAGGUUCCGCUCUAAAAUGUCCAUAUCUACUCAUAUUCGGAUGGUUCACAUAAAAGAAAAGCUGUAUCAAUGUCAUCUAUGUUCGAAGGCUUUCUUCAAAAAGUAUUCACUUCAAAAACAUGUAUGGUCGCACACCAAAGAACGUCCGUUCGGGUGCGAGGAAUGCGGGAAAUCAUUCGGAGACAGGACAACGCUGAGGAACCAUCGCUUAACUCAUGUAGAUGUCAAGAGUUUCCGCUGUGAGGUCUGCAACAUGAGUUUUGUGAGGAAAGGAUAUCUAUCUGCGCACAUGGUGAAGCACACGAAGGAGAAGCGCUACCCGUGCGCGUUCUGCGGCGUGCGCUUCGGCCGCUCCGACCACCGCAGUCGCCACGAGUUCACCGCGCACAAGAAAUUUAUAAACGCGUCAAACGAUUGAGGACUUUUAUCAACAAGGAUUAAGGUUUAAAUUACCUCGGCAGCUGGUUUUCAUUGCGACAAAGGAAAUUAUAAACGUGUCAAACCAUUGAGGACCUAAAUAAAGUUGCGACUUCCUUUGACCGCUGUAACGUUGCACAGUACCUGAAAAACGCGUCAAAGGGUUGAGGACCUUAUCUCCAAGCAAUAUGGUUGAAACUCUCCGCAUCCUUAAUAUUUAUCGUGACGGCAAAACGGGACGUUAUCGUAAACGUUCACGGUAAAGUAUAAUAAUGACUAAUGAGUUUAAGGUUAUUUUCUGUCUCUUGUGUUAUGAUCUGCAAUGGUUGAAAAAAAAAAACUGGUUUAAGUCUGAACAAAACUUCAAUCUGUGACCAAAGAGGAUAUUACGGAGUUAUUAUCUAUCUUUGCUGUGACUAAGCUCCCGAUCUCAUCAAAUGAAUAUAUUUUCUUCCUCGCGUUAUCCCGGCAUUUUACCACGGCUCCUGGGAGCCUGGGGUCCACUUGACGACUAAUCCUAAGAACCGACGUAGGCACUAGUUUUUACGAAAGCGACUGCCAUCUGACCUUUCAACCCAGAGGGGGAACUAGGCCUUGUUAGUAUCAGUCCGGUUUCCUCACGAUGUUUUCCUUCACCGAAAAGCGACUGGUAAAUAUCAAAUGAUAUUUCGUACAUAAGUUCCGA